CCUUUCCAGGAGCAAGAAAAACAUGCCUCUAGCAUGGUGUCCGCGGCUUUCGUUGCGCGCGGCUCGGUUGUUUCUGGCACCUCGACGGGACCUGGCGAUUAGCGGUCCCGAUGAGCCCCUACCAGUGGUACGCAUCCCACGGACUCUACAGCGGCGGCAAGAAGAGAGGCAGAGCGGGCGGCGGAACUCCACGAGGCUGGUACUGGUGCGACCUGGCCGGCUGCUGAUCUCUGCGCGGCGGCCGGAGUUCAACCAGCCGGCUCGCCUCACGUUGGCUUGCUGGGAAAGCGCGCCACUCGCUUCGCGGGGCUGGAAGAAUCGGCGCUCCCGUUGGGACCACUUCUCCAUCGAGCGCUCACAACGCGAGACACCGGCAUUGCGGAACUUAUCCGAGGGCAGCUUCGCCGAUCUGGGUCUGGUGCCACGCGUAUUGUGCGCACUACAGGAGGUUGCUCCUGAAGUUGUUCGGCCCACAACCGUGCAGUCGAGUACCAUCCCUCCAUUACUUCGCGGCCGCCACAUCCUUUGCGCUGCGGAAACAGGCAGUGGCAAGACUCUCAGCUAUCUCCUCCCUCUGCUUCAACAGCUCUUGGGCCGACCAAGCCCAGACCCCCGCAGUGUCCCUGCUCCUCGAGGCCUGGUUCUUGUGCCUUCGCGAGAAUUAGCCGAACAGGUGCGGACCGUGGCCGAGCCCUUAGGCAACUCCCUGGGACUCCAGGUACGAGAGUUAGGGGGAGGCCGUGGCAUGAGUCGGAUCAGGCUGCAACUGCUCAAACAGCCUCCGGCCGAUGUUCUAGUGGCCACUCCGGGGGCUCUGUGGAAGGCUCUGAAACGUCAACUGAUGAGUCUGGAGCAGCUCUCCUUCUUGGUUUUGGAUGAGGUAGACACACUGUUGGAUGAAAGUUUCCUGGAACUCGUGGACUACAUCUUAGAGAAGAGUCAUAUAGCAGAACGCCCAGAUGAACUAAAAGACCCUUUCAAUCCUAAAGCUCAGUUGGUACUGGUAGGGGCCACAUUUCCCAAAGGUGUGAGCCAGCUGCUGAGUAAAGUCGCCAUCUCAGAGUCUCUAACCACCAUCACUAGCUCCAAGCUCCACUGUGUCAUGCCUCAUGUCAAACAGACAUUUAUGAGGCUGAAGGGAGCAGAGAAGGUAGCUGAGUUGAUACAGAUCCUCAAGCAGCAUGACAGAGCAGAUAGGACUUGCUCCUCAGGAACUAUUCUAGUGUUCUGUAAUAGCUCUAGUACUGUGAACUGGCUAGGGUAUAUUCUGGAUGACCACAAAAUCCAGCACCUAAGGUUGCAGGGACAAAUGCCAGCCUCAAUGAGGACAGGUAUCUUCCAGAGCUUCCAGAAGGGCUACCGAGACAUACUUCUCUGCACAGACAUAGCCUCCAGGGGUCUGGACAGUAUUCACGUGGACCUAGUUGUCAAUUAUGAUUUCCCUCUCACCCUGCAAGACUACAUCCACAGAGCGGGGAGGGUGGGCCGAGUAGGGAGUGAGUUGCCAGGCACCGUCAUCAGCUUUGUUACUCAUCCCUGGGAUGUGAGCCUGGUUCAGAAGAUUGAGCUGGCAGCUCGCAGGAAGAGAAGCCUUCCAGGACUAGGGUCCUCAGUGAGAGAGCCUUUCCCCCCCGCUGACGUGAAUGUGGUGCCAUAACAGCGAUCUUUCCCGAUGUGCUGGGUGGGUGAGCAUACUUCAAAGUAGGAUGCUCCAGGCUGCCCACUCCCCUCCCUGCAGAUCUGGAGGGCGGCUAAGCAUGACUCUAGUGUUUCGCAAGUCAUGAAAAAUAAAGUAGAUUUUGGCUUUGUAUUAUGUCAUGAUCUCCAACAAAAAAUAUUUUUAGGGGUUUUAAUAAUAAUAGUUACCAUUGGGGCAGCAUUCAUUGGAAUGAGAAAACUCACAUUCCAAAAUACCACACCCAUACUCUGGUUUCUCUUCAUAUUGUAUAAAUCUUUCGCCUUUUACCAAAAUAC